GCGUGCGUAAGGGCAGAUUUCCUUCCGCUCCGCGUCUCCGUUGGCUGGAGACGGCGGAGCACCGGCACUAAGGGGGGUUCGGUGGCCUCUAAUGAGAUCCGGAGGAUCCAAGGAUUCUGCAGCUACGAUGUUGUCGAGACUUUUCCGAAUGCAUGGCCUCUUUGUGGCCUCCCAUCCCUGGGAAGUCAUAGUGGGGACCGUGACACUGACCAUCUGUAUGAUGUCCAUGAACAUGUUCACUGGUAACAACAAGAUCUGUGGUUGGAAUUAUGAGUGUCCAAAAUUUGAAGAGGAUGUUUUGAGCAGUGACAUUAUAAUCCUAACGAUAACAAGAUGCAUAGCGAUCCUGUAUAUUUACUUCCAGUUCCAGAAUUUACGCCAACUUGGAUCAAAAUAUAUUUUAGGUAUUGCUGGCCUCUUCACAAUUUUUUCCAGUUUUGUAUUCAGUACAGUUGUCAUUCACUUUUUAGAUAAAGAACUUACAGGCUUGAAUGAAGCUUUGCCUUUUUUCCUACUUUUGAUUGAUCUUUCCAGAGCAAGUGCAUUAGCAAAGUUUGCUCUAAGUUCUAACUCACAGGAUGAAGUAAGGGAAAAUAUUGCUCGUGGAAUGGCAAUUUUGGGUCCCACAUUCACCCUUGAUGCUCUUGUCGAAUGUCUUGUGAUUGGUGUUGGAACCAUGUCAGGGGUGCGUCAACUAGAAAUAAUGUGUUGCUUUGGCUGCAUGUCAGUUCUUGCCAACUACUUCGUGUUCAUGACUUUUUUCCCAGCAUGUGUGUCAUUGGUAUUAGAGCUUUCUCGGGAAAGUCGUGAGGGUCGUCCAAUUUGGCAGCUCAGCCAUUUUGCCCGGGUUUUGGAAGAAGAAGAAAAUAAACCAAAUCCUGUAACCCAGAGGGUCAAAAUGAUUAUGUCUUUAGGCCUGGUUCUUGUUCAUGCUCAUAGUCGCUGGAUAGCUGAUCCUUCUCCUCAAAAUAGCACGGCAGAACACUCAAAGGUUUCUUUAGGACUGGAUGAAAAUGUGUCCAAGAGAAUUGAACCAAGUGUUUCCCUUUGGCAGUUUUACCUUUCCAAAAUGAUCAGCAUGGAUAUUGAACAAGUUAUUACCCUAAGUUUGGCUCUCCUUCUGGCUGUCAAAUACAUCUUCUUUGAACAAGCAGAAACAGAAUCUACACUCUCAUUAAAAAAUCCUAUCACAUCUCCUGUUGUGACCCCAAAGAAAGCCCAAGAGAACUGUUGUAGACGAGAGCCUCUGCUGGUGAGAAAUAACCAAAAAUUCCAGACUGUGGAGGAAGAGACUGGGAUAAGCCAAGAAAGAAAAGUUGAAGUGAUAAAACCUUUACUGGCUGAAACUGACACCUCAAACAGAGCUACAUUUGUGCUUGGUGGCUCCUCCUUACCCAGUACUCCAUCAAUAAGGGGGACACAGGAACCUGAGAUUGAACUUCCCAAGGAACCUCGAUCUAAUGAAGAAUGUCUGGAGAUACUUGGUAAUGCAGAGAAAGGUGCGAAGUUCCUUAGUGAUGCCGAGAUCAUACAAUUGGUCAAUGCUAAGCAUAUCCCAGCUUACAAAUUGGAAACUCUGAUGGAAACCCAUGAACGAGGUGUAUCUAUUCGCCGACAGUUACUUUCCAAAAAGCUUCCGGAGCCUUCUUCUCUCCAAUAUCUACCUUAUAGAGAUUAUAAUUACUCCUUGGUGAUGGGAGCCUGUUGUGAGAAUGUUAUUGGGUAUAUGCCCAUCCCUGUUGGAGUAGCAGGACCUCUGUGCUUAGAUGGAAAGGAGUUUCAGGUUCCAAUGGCAACAACAGAAGGUUGUCUUGUGGCCAGCACCAAUAGGGGCUGCAGAGCAAUAGGACUUGGUGGAGGUGCCAGCAGCCGAGUCCUUGGGGAUGGGAUGACUCGAGGCCCGGUGGUGCGUCUUCCCCGGGCUUGUGACUCUGCAGAAGUGAAGGCCUGGCUUGAAACACCUGAAGGGUUUGCAAUGAUCAAGGAGGCCUUUGAUAGCACCAGCAGAUUUGCACGCCUACAGAAACUUCAUGUGAGUAUGGCUGGACGCAACCUUUAUAUACGGUUUCAGUCCAGGACAGGAGAUGCCAUGGGCAUGAACAUGAUUUCCAAGGGUACAGAGAAAGCACUUUCAAAACUUCAAGAGUAUUUCCCUGAAAUGCAAAUUCUAGCUGUUAGUGGGAACUACUGUACUGACAAGAAGCCUGCUGCUAUAAAUUGGAUUGAAGGAAGAGGAAAGACUGUAGUUUGUGAAGCUGUCAUUCCAGCCAAGGUUGUCCGAGAAGUAUUAAAGACAACCACAGAAGCUCUGAUUGAUGUAAAUAUUAACAAGAAUCUGGUGGGCUCUGCCAUGGCUGGAAGCAUAGGAGGCUACAAUGCGCAUGCGGCAAACAUUGUCACUGCUAUCUACAUUGCCUGUGGACAGGACGCAGCACAGAAUGUUGGUAGUUCAAAUUGUAUUACCUUAAUGGAAGCAACUGGUCCCACAAAUGAAGACUUAUAUAUCAGUUGCACCAUGCCCUCAAUAGAAAUUGGAACUGUGGGCGGUGGGACCAACCUGCUACCUCAGCAAGCCUGUCUACAGAUGCUAGGUGUUCAAGGAGCAUGCCAAGACAAUCCUGGGGAAAAUGCCCGGCAGCUUGCCCGAAUUGUGUGUGGUACAGUGAUGGCUGGAGAGUUGUCACUGAUGGCAGCCUUAGCAGCAGGACACCUUGUCAGAAGUCACAUGAUUCACAACAGGUCAAAGAUAAAUUUACAAGCCCUUCAAGGAACUUGCACCAACAAGGCAGCGUGAAUUGCCUGACAGUUCUGAACUGCAACACGGGCAUUGGGUUCUAAAAGACUAACAUAAAAUCUGUGAAUUAAAACUAUCAAUGCAGUGUCUUGUGGAAGAUGGGUAGACGUGAUCAGGGAGACCACUGCUUGCUAUGUAACGCUUUCUUCAAGAGUUGGUUCAAGGUCCUUCCGUGCAAACUCCUCAGAUGUGAAAACAGCAUAGCACGUUACAUGCUGUGCUCUUUGGGAAAAUCUCAACAUGGAUAUGCUUGAAUGCAUUACAGAUGAUUCCACCACUCAUUCUGGAAGGCAAUACAAGCUGGAGAAAGGUGUUUUUGUUUGAAGUGGUGAUGUUCACGGUGAUCUGUAUGAGAUUGCUCUUCCCCCCAACCUUAUGGGUUAAAAAUGGAUUUUUAAAUUAUAUGGUAGCUGAUAAACUUCUAAUUUUAUAGUUAAUUUAUUUAGUCUAGGUUGUAGAACUUAGUUGUUUAUUUUUUGUAAACUAAUGAUUCAUUUGGUGCUGGUAUUUUGAUUUUGGGGAAAUAACCAACAUUAUUCAGAAAGGGACCUGCUUCAGGGGAAAAACUUUUUCGCAAACGACAGAAAAAUGUGCUAAACAGUGCUAAAUAGUUCUUAAUCAGGGAAACAACUGCAUUUCUCUCUGUAGGCUAUUUGUUCCAAGAGGCCUCUUGUCAAAAUAUGUGUUUGCUGAGACUAGCUACAGUAUGUUUUUAGCAUUAUGCUUGCAGAAAGUCUUAUGCUUGUCGAUGAAUACAUCACAGCUGUUAAUGUUAAUUAGCCGAGGGUGACUUGUCAAGUAUAAGCAAGCCUCUGACCUUUUUCAGAAUUUAGAGUGUGGUAACACACUUUUGAAAAGAACCCUAUCAUUUCUCUAAGCCAACUUUUAUUUCUUUAAAGACAUUUAUAUUGGUUUAGCUGAAAAAUCUAGGUUUUUUUUUUCAUAAGCAACUAUCAAAUAUGUAUAUGUUGUAAUAAAGCUUCUUAAGCUAGUUUCUUGAAAGUGUUUUAAGAAAUAAAAGAAAAAUCAACUUGUAUACUGAAACACUCUAGCUUGGGCUGAGAAGAUGAAGGUGUUUAAUGCCCAGGAAUCCUUGGCUUGCUUGUCAAGCCUAAUGAAGGGAAAGCUAGUUUGCAGAGCUAAUGACGGAACCAUGUGAAUGGCCCUGGAGCUAUCUGCCUUGCUCCUGUGGCCAGGAGGUUGGUGACUGAAUCAUUUACACAGGCUCUGAUCGACCCAUAAAAGCUCCCAGCUUCCUCAGGGGGUCAGCAGAGUUGUUAAGUCUUAAUUUUUUUUUAAUGUACAAGUUUUGUAUAAAUAAUAAAGAACUCCUUAUUUUGUAUUACAUAUAAUGCUUCAAGUUUGGUCUUGAAAAGCUGAUGUCUGUAGAAGAUGAACUCUGAAACAUUCCAGUAAUGCUGAGGCAGCAUGGAGAGCCUUAGUGAAGUGUCUACAGUUAUUAUCGUGGAAGACUGAUCUUUCCUGUCGUUUGUAAAGUUGAAAUUGCUCCUCUUGUGACUUUUCUGCCAGUGACUUAUUUAUCUGAGCUUUACCUGGAAGUGGCAGUGGAAUGUGUGUUCAUUUUGGUGACUGUAACCAGUAUCAUCUUGGUAAACUAAUGUUUUGUACAAUUACUAAAUCGUAUACCUUUUAUUAUAGAGUACUUUUUUCUAGUUCUAGUAAAUUAUGAAAAGGAAGUUCAUACUGAUUAAGUGUAAGCAGCAGCCUUUUUUGUUUGGUUUUAUCAAGCUUGAGGCCUGGAAAUUUGCAGAUUCUGGCCGAAGGGCAAUCUAGUUCCUCCUAGGUCAUGUGAUCAUUAUCUGCCAUUCUCCAUUCUGUUCUCCAACUCUGCAACCUUAAUGGCAGGUUAGUUCUGAUAUCCACCAGAGUACCACUUUUGGAUAUGAAGUUUGGGCGGGAUAGUUAAGGGGGAGAGGAAAUAAAGCUUGGAUAGACAAUAUGAAAUGGUUUUUUCAAGUGGUAUAUCUAAGCUAAAGAUUUCUACAGCUUCAUGUCACUGAGGUUGGCUUCUUUAGAAGAGCCAACAUUUGCAAUUAUUGACUCCUUUUGCCUUUGUUAGACAAAAAGGCAUUAGCUGGACACUUUCUUUUGAAAUGACCUGUGAGCAGCUGUGUGGUCAGUCCCGUCGUGCAUGGAGCAGGCUAGACAAAAGCAGUGGAAUUCCAAACCGCUUCCUGCUUGGGUGAACUGAUAAGCAAAGAGGUGGCUGGGCAGGUGCGUUAGCUUUGCUUGCAUUACAGUAACAAAUAGCUAAGUCAACUUAAAAAAGGAAAGGUUUAUCUUGGGUUGAAGAUACUGAGGUUUCAGUCCAAGACUGAUUGGCCUUGCUGCUCUGGGCCUGUGGAGGCACACUAUGUCUCAGAGGGAGUACAAUCUGUUAAGAAUUGCAAAUGGUUGACACCAGAGAGAGAACCAUAAUCCCCUUAGGGCACAUCCCCAAUGAUGCUCCCUCUUACUAGGCCCAUGUUUUAAAGUUUCUGCCAUCUCUGAAUAGUAACUCAAGCUGUGUACCAUGCUUUUUUCAUAUGGGCCCUUGGAGGGCAUUGCAGAUUCAAACUACAGCAAUAGAUACUUCCUUUUAGGGGAAGUUGUAUAUUUAAAUCCUAAGAGAGCAUCUCAUAACAAAGAGUCCCAGCUCAAAGAAGGGCAGAAUAGCAAACACUGGUAACAAUGUGCUGUGUACCAGAAGUUGAGGUAAAUUAGGGUUCACUGUUUCUCAAAUUAUCUUCCACAAGGCUGGACCAAAUCAGACUGUGAGCAAAGCAAACCUACACUUGGGUACACCUAAUGCACCAUCUUUGCCCACUUGUUCCUAAGCUUCAAAACUCUGAACUCCAUUGGAAUUCACUUGAGCAAGAAAUCCAGUAAACAGCAUCAAGGUAAUUAAAAGGAAAAUCUCACGAUGCUAGCAAAAUCACAAGGAUCAUAUUCAUUUUGUUGGCAAAACUUGGGGAAGAAAGCAUGAAUCCUGUAUUGAUACUAUGUACACCCUGUGUUGAUUUGUGGAGCUUCUUUCUGUGACUUGGAAACCAUUCAAAGUACAGCAUAGUAGGAAGAAACUUGGCUUAGGUGGGAGGUAGCUAUAGGUGAACAGUAGGAGCAAUUCUGGCUCAGUCACCACUCUAAAAUCAGAAGCACUGGACUAAAGAACAAGUCCUACCUGAUGAAUGAUGAACCACCUCUCAAUCCAGCACUUAACAGCCCUGAGGAGGUAACCCAAGAGCCUGUCAAUUCCACUCGGGACCUCAAGGUUUCUCCAGUAGAGCCGUCAGGUUUCAGUAUGCUCCUGCUCCCUUUACAAUAGGAAAAGGAAGACCACAUUGAGGGAGCUGGAAAGGGAGACUGCCAUUCUAUUCUUGCUCUGAUACUAACUAGCUGUGCGACCUCAGGUUUUCUUUGCUUCAUUAUCCCGUGUCACCAAAUUCCCUUAUUUGUAAAAUAAACUAGUGGGAUUAGCUGA